AUGGAGCGGUGUGUAGUGAAACGUGAUGGUCGUCGACAGCCGGUAAAGUUUGACAAAAUCACUGCGCGAAUCAAAAAGCUGGCCUACGGUUUGGACCCGCUCGUGGACGUCACCGAGGUUGCGCAGAAGGUGUGCGCUGGUGUAUACGACGGGGUGCAUACCUCGGAGCUUGAUGAGUUAGCUGCUGAAACUGCAGCGUACAUGAGCACACGGCAUCAUGACUAUUCGAUUUUAGCUGCGCGGAUCGCGGUAAGCAACUUGCACAAGAACACCGAAAAGUCAUUCAGUGCGGUGAUGGAACGCCUAUAUGCCUACAGGUCUCCGAAAACGAACGAUCCAGCGCCGCUGAUUGCGAGCGACGUCAUUGAAAUAGUGCGCCGCCACGCCGAAACGAUAGAUGGCGCUAUCAUCUACGACCGCGAUUUCUCUUACGACUACUUUGGGUUCAAAACUUUGGAGCGCUCGUAUCUGUUACGAAUCGACGGCAAGGUGGUCGAGCGUCCCCAGCAAAUGCUGAUGCGCGUGGCGAUUGGCAUCCACAAGGAGGACCUAGAUGCCGCACUAGAAACCUAUGACUAUAUGAGUCAAAAGUACUUUACGCAUGCGAGUCCGACGCUCUUCAAUGCCGGCACACCGCGCCCACAGCUCAGUUCGUGUUUCCUCCUGAGCAUGACGGAGGACUCCAUCGAGGGAAUCUAUGACACACUGAAGCGCUGCGCAGUGAUUAGCAAGAGCGCGGGCGGUAUCGGUCUGGCGAUCCACAACAUUCGAGCAACGAAAUCUUACAUUCGCGGAACGAACGGAUCGAGCAACGGUAUCGUGCCGAUGCUUCGUGUCUUCAAUGACACAGCCCGCUAUGUGGAUCAGGGGGGUGGGAAACGCAAGGGCGCCUUUGCUGUAUACCUGGAGCCAUGGCAUGCUGAUAUCUUUGAGUGGCUUGAUCUGAAGAAGAACCACGGCAAAGAGGAAGCACGUGCACGAGAUCUCUUCUAUGCACUUUGGACGCCGGAUCUAUUCAUGCGGCGAGUGGAGGCCAACGAACAGUGGUCCCUUUUCUGUCCGAAUGAGGCGCCUGGUCUUGCGGAUGUCUGGGGCGAUGCGUUCGACGAACUCUAUCAGCGCUACGAGGCUGAAGGCAGGGCACGAGAGGUGAUCCCUGCGCGAAAGCUCUGGUUCUCGAUUCUCGAGUCGCAGAUUGAGACAGGCACGCCCUACAUGCUCUACAAGGAUCAUUGCAACCGGAAAAGUAAUCAGCAGAAUCUAGGCACGAUCCGCUGCUCCAAUCUCUGCACCGAGAUCGUAGAGUACACUGCACCAGACGAGGUUGCGGUGUGCAACCUCGCGAGUAUCGCUCUGAACAAGUUUGUGGUGCCAGGAGACCGUGAGCGCGGAACUUGUCCCGUAUUUAACUUCGACGAGCUCGCCUUUGUGACUCGCAUGGUUACCAAAAACCUGAACAAGAUUAUCGAUGUGAACUUUUACCCCAUUCCCGAGGCACAGAACUCGAAUCUGCGUCACCGCCCGAUUGGCAUUGGUGUCCAAGGACUCGCUGAUGCCUUCAUCCUCAUGCGGAUGCCAUUUGAAAGCGAUGAGGCUCGUGCGCUGAACCAGGAAAUCUUCGAGUGUAUCUACUACAACGCAUUGCAAGCGUCGAUCGAGCUUGCGGAGCGCGACGGACCGUAUGCCUCUUUCGAGGGCUCACCAGCGGCACGAGGACAGCUUCAGUUUGAUCUUUGGAACGUGAAACCGACUUCAUCUCGUUGGGAUUGGGAUGCGCUUAAAGAGCGUAUCACUCUUCACGGACUGCGUAAUUCGCUACUGGUUGCCCCGAUGCCGACUGCGUCCACCUCGCAGAUCCUGGGCAACAACGAAUGUUUCGAGCCGUAUACCUCGAAUCUGUACACCAGGCGCGUGCUCGCUGGAGAGUUCACCGUCGUGAAUCAACAUCUUGUCCGUGACCUGCAGGAGCUCGGCCUCUGGAACCCGCUCGUGAAGAACAAGAUCAUCGCCCACGGUGGCUCGAUCCAGCAAAUCCCUGAGAUCCCCCAAGACAUACGAGACCUCUAUAAGACCGUCUGGGAGGUCAGCCAACGGCGCCUACUCGACCUGGCUGCUGAUCGCGGUGCCUUCAUCGACCAGAGCCAGUCCCUGAACGUUUACAUCGCGCAACCAACGAUCGGCAAGUUGAGCUCGAUGCAUUUCCACGGUUGGCGUCUUGGCCUCAAAACCGGUAUGUAUUACCUCCGGACGCGACCAGCAGCUGAUGCUAUCAAGUUCACGCUCGAUCAGCGUAUUCUCAAGGAAGAGAACCACACCGCUGUCAAUGGAUCGCAACUGCCGUGCAAUCUCACGCCGCGUACCAGCGCAGCUGAGCAGUUCGCUGCACUCGCCUGCUCCCUAGAUAAGAAGGAUGACUGCAUCGCGUGCGGAAGCUGA